ACAUUGAGCUGGUGGCCAAGUGCGCACGUCUUUACAGACUGACAAACGCGGAGGACAGCGACCCCUCACUGGGAGAGUCACGUUUAAUGAAUGGGUGACAAGACUCAUGGAAUGCGGAGAAAGUCCACCUACCUGUUGGUCCGUGACGCGGAGGGUUAAGGCUUCGGAGCCCGAGAGAAUAGAGAAGGUUGUACUAGCAGGCGCCUGUCCUCUAUUCCUCCCUGGAGUCCCGCCCAAUGGAAGGACGCGCUGCCAAAAUUCCAGGACUUUACGCAGGCGGAGAAGCACAGGUAAACUCCUGGUGUGCUGACUUUGUGCAGUCCGGCGUGCGGUAUCACCGAGUGAUGGGAGGUAAAGCGAACUACAUCGAUGAGCACUGCCAGCUGAUCAACCAUGGAGAGGAAAAUGAGAUGCAAAUGUUUGCAUACAAAAUCCAGCGAUGUCGGCAGGCCCUGUCCAUUGUGGGUGGUAUCUUCACCUGUGGUUUUCUCUACCUGCUCUUUUACUGGAAGCCAGAGUGGAAUGUGUGGGCCAACUGUACCCCCUGCAGCUUGGAGGAGGCUGAUAUUGUGCUGCUUAGAACCACGGAUGACUUUAAGAGUUACACCCGCAAAGUGGUUCGGUGGGCGUACCUCAGUCCUGGAAGUGACAGAGAGAAGCCUUUAUUUCAGGACCAGGGUUCUGUUCUCUAUAAAGUCACCAUGUAUCCAGAGCUGAAGGUGCGUUAUAUUGAGGCUCAAAAGUUACGCUAUGCCUGGGAUCGUAUGGAGCACAUGUUUGUCAGACUGGGGGGCCUGGAUGAUAAUCUGUCCUGCAAAGACAUCCACUGGAAAUACGGGAAGGGGCUUUGUGAAGAAGAGGAGAAUGUCAGGAGACUUAUUGUGGGACCCAAUAGCAUCGAGAUUCAGAUCUCUCCCAUCUGGAAGCUGCUGUUUAAAGAGAUCCUGAAUCCCUUCUACGUCUUCCAAGUGUUCAGUGUCUGCCUGUGGUUUUCAGAAAGCUACAAUGAGUAUGCCAUUGCCAUCAUCAUCAUGACAGUCAUCUCUGUCAGCCUUUCUGUCUAUGAUGUCCGGCAGCAAUCUGUGAAACUACAUAAGCUGGUGGCAGAGCACAACAACAUGAAUGUCAAAGUCUCCCGCAUGGGCAAAGGUUGGGAGGAAAUCCCAUCAAGCCAGAUGGUUCCAGGCGAUAUCUUCCAGAUUACUGGAAAUAAACAGAUUCUCUCUUGUGACGCCAUACUGCUGUCAGGCAGUUGCAUUGUUAAUGAGAGCAUGUUGACUGGUGAAAGCAUCCCAGUGACUAAGUCAGCUCUUCCUCAGGAGAGUGCAUCAGGCCCAUGGAAGACCAGCAGUCCUGAAGAUUACAAGCGUCACGUGCUGUACUGUGGAACUCAAGUCAUCCAGAUCAAGGCAGCUAGUGGCACUGCUGUCCAAGCAGUGGUGCUGCGAACAGGGUUCACAACAGCAAAGGGAGAACUGGUUCGUUCCAUCCUGUACCCCAAGCCCACCGAUUUCAAGUUAUACAGAGAUGCUACCCGCUUCUUAAUGUGCCUCAUCGCAGUCGCCCUGAUUGGAAUGAUCUACUCAGUAACCAUCUGGACCAUCAGUAAGGCAUAUGCAGGAGACAUUGUAAAGAAGGCCUUGGAUGUGAUCACCAUUGCAGUUCCCCCUGCCCUUCCUGCUGCCAUGACUGUUGGCAUCAUCUAUGCACAGGGGCGUCUGAAAAAGCGUGGUGUGUUCUGCAUCAGUCCCCAGAGGAUAAAUGUCUGUGGUCAGAUGAACCUGGUGUGUUUCGACAAGACAGGGACUCUGACUGAGGAUGGACUGGACCUCUGGGCACUAAGUGAGGCAAAGGAUCAUGGCUUUGCCCCAUUGUUAGAAUUCCAAACGGAUGCUUUCCUUCUUUGGGGUCCCAGCUAUGCUGCCAUGGCAACCUGCCAUUCACUUAUUACAAUUGAUGGUACCAUUCAGGGAGACCCACUUGACAUCAAAAUGUUUGAAGCCACAGGCUGGGUGCUGGAUGAAAACACGGAAAAAUUUCAAAGCACGCAGAGAGAUCCUCUCAGCCUUCUAGUGAAGCCAGGUCCAAGCAUAAGGGCACCAGUGGAUGGCAUUCUAGUUCUCCAGCAGUUUCCAUUUUCAUCCAGCCUGCAGCGGAUGUCUGUGGUGACCCAUGUGCUGGAUAGUGAUGAGCUGAUCCUGUACAUGAAAGGUGCACCAGAGAAGGUGGCCAGUCUGUGCCAACCAGAGACAGUCCCCUUGUCCUUCUCUUCCCACCUUGCUGUCUAUACUCAACAGGGUUUCCGGGUUAUUGCUUUGGCAUACAGAUCACUUGGUUCAUCUGAGGACAUCAGCCUCCGUAAAAUCUCCAGGGAGUCAGCCGAAAUGAACCUCACCUUCCUAGGAUUUCUAAUCCUGGAGAAUCGUCUGAAAGUCGAAACUGAGCCAGUACUGCAAGAACUAAGGAAUGCUCGCAUUCGCUCAGUCAUGGUCACAGGUGAUAACCUUCAAACAGCUGUGACCGUUGCCAAAAAUUCUGGUAUGGUGCCCAGAUCUAGUAAGGUCAUCCUGGUGGAAGCUGCACCUGCUACAGCAUCAACACAAGCCUAUGUGUCCUGGAGUUUGGUGGAGGAGCCCAGACAGAACUAUGGAGCCAUUGAAAGCCACGUCAUUAUGGAGCCUAUAACUGAUUACCAUUUUGCCAUGACAGGGAAAAGCUAUGAGGUGCUGCUGCAACAUUUUUACCACCUGGUGCCCAAGCUGCUGCUUAAUGGUACAAUCUUUGCCCGCAUGGCCCCUGGACAGAAGGCGAGUCUUGUAGAGGAGUUCCAAAAGCUUGAGUAUGUGGUGGGAAUGUGUGGAGAUGGAGCCAACGACUGUGGAGCUCUGAAGAUGGCACAUGCAGGCAUUUCGCUAUCAGAACAAGAGGCAUCUGUGGCCUCCCCAUUUACUUCAAACAUCCCCAAUAUUGAAUGUGUCCCACUGCUUAUCCGGGAGGGCCGUGCUGCCCUGGUCACUUCUUUCUGUGUAUUUAAGUACAUGGCGCUGUACAGCACGAUCCAGUACAUAGGGGUGCUGCUUCUCUAUUGGGAACUCAACAGUUUUGGUAAUUACCAGUUUCUGUUUGAAGACCUUGCUAUCACUACGGUUAUUGGUGUUACAAUGAAUCUCAACCAUGCCUACCCCAAACUGGUGCCCUGGCGGCCCCCUGGUCAGCUCAUGUCUCCCCCAUUGCUCCUCUCUGUAGUCUUCAAUAUUUUCCUCAGCCUAGCACUGCAGACAUUCGGAUUUGUGAUGGUGCAGAAUCAGGACUGGUACUCAAGGACUAACCUGCUGAGGUGCGUGGUGCUGUGGAAACCAUGUUGUUAAUAAGAGGAGAGUGUUAUCAGUGUGAUAGCUUUUUUUUUUUUUUUUUUUUUUUGUGGUUGCCCAGUUUGGAAUGUCUCCAACACCUCAAGUUUUCUCAAUAAUAAUGGUUUCCAGAGUUACGAGAACACAACUGUCUGGCUGCUGUCUAUCAUUAGCUGUAUCUCGGUAGCCUUCAUUUUCUCCAAGGGAAAGCCCUUCAGGAAGCCCUUCUACACAAACUAUAUCUUCAUGCUGGCGCUGCUGGUUCAACUGGGAGUUUGCAUCUUCUUCAUCUUUGCAGACAUUGCAGGUCUUUAUUAUGCAAUGGAUAUGGUCUGCACUCCAGUCAUGUGGAGAGGCUACAUUGUGAUCAUGUUGCUUGUCAACUUCUUGAUCUCAUUUUUUGUGGAGGAGGUGAUUGUUGAGAAUCGCACCCUGUGGCUGUGGCUGAAGAGGUGCUUUGGGGUCAAGUCCCGCAG